GCGUUAUCCGGACUACCGGGAGGUAUAAGGAUGGGACGCAUCGUCGUGAUUCCAGUCGCUGAUCUUUCCAUUGUUGUUACCGUUCUUUCGUGAAGUCCUUUGAGACCAGGAACCAUGGCUGAGCCUCACGCUGCAACGCCGUUCGAUGACAAGGCUGCUCAUAGCCAGCAUGAAGAUUUGAAGGCGGAAGAUACGCAUAUUGUCGCCGAACGAGGACAUGCCGCGACUGAUAUCUAUGGCCAUUCGCUCGUCCAUUUUGAUCCCAAGGCCGAAGCCAGGCUGCGAUGGAAGAUUGACUUAUACAUCGUCCCGACCGUCUCCUUGCUCUACCUUUUCUGCUUCAUCGACAGAGCCAACAUCGGAAACGCAAAAAUUGCCGGACUGGAUAAGGACUUGGGCUUCACGGGUUACGAUUACAAUGCCGUUCUCUCUAUGUUCUACAUCAGCUACAUCAUUUUCGAGAUCCCCAGCAACAUGUGCUGCAAAUGGGUGGGCCCGGGCUACUUCAUCCCAUUGAUUUCGCUCGGUUUCGGUAUCUGCUCCCUCGGCACAGCUUUCGUCCACAACUUCUCUUCGGUAUCUGGCGUUCGCUUUUUGCUCGGCAUCUUCGAGGCUGGAAUGAUGCCUGGCAUCGCCUACUACUUGUCUCGAUGGUACCGGAGGUCCGAGCUCGCUUUCCGUCUCUCUCUGUACAUCGUCAUGGCACCCUUGGCCGGAGCCUUCGGUGGUCUUCUAGCUUCUGGAAUCCUCAAGCUGGAUCACUUCGGCUCCCUCCACAAGUGGAGGAUGAUCUUUGCCAUCGAGGGAAUCAUCACCAUCGGGUUGUCGAUCAUCUCCUUCUUCACGCUCACGGACCGGCCCGCGACAGCCAGGUGGCUGACGCAAGAGGAGAAGGAUCUGGCUGUUGCCCGCGUCAAGUCGGAGCGCGUUGGUACGACGGAAGUGCUCGACAAGAUCGACGUCAAGAAAACACUCCGUGGCAUCUUUAGCCCUGUCACGCUCGUUACGGCCUUCAUCUUUCUGCUAAACAACAUCACGGUCCAAGGCCUCGCCUUCUUCGCACCAACAAUUGUCCAGACGAUCUACCCCAAGGACACUGUUAUCUCCCAGCAGCUGCACACCGUGCCUCCCUACGUUGUCGGAGCGUUCUUCACCGUCCUCUUCCCCUUCCUCAGCUGGAAGCUUGAUAGGCGUCUCCACCUCUUCAUCUGCAGCGCGCCGCUGAUGAUGACGGGCUACAUCAUGUUCUUGGCUUCCCACACCGCCAAAGUGCGCUACGGUGCCACCUUCCUCAUCGCCUGUGGCGCCUUUUCCUUCGGAGCGCUCUGCAACGCCCAGGUGGCAGCCAACGUCGUCUCGGACACGGCACGCGCGUCCGCCAUUGCAACCAACGUCAUGUUUGGCAAUAUUGGGGGCUUGAUCUCUACCUGGUCUUUCCUGCCGUUCGACAAGCCGGAUUAUCAUAUCGGGAAUGGGCUGAAUCUGGCCACGAGUUCUACGACGCUGAUCCUAUCCAUCUGUCUAUUGCUGUGGAUGAAGAUGAGUAAUAAGAAGCGGGAGGCGAAGCACGUUGACGAGGAGCUUCAAGGCCUCAGUCUUCAUCAACAGCAGGAUUUGGAUUGGAAGCACCCGGGUUUCAGGUGGAGGCCUUGAGGGGGAGGUGCCGGUGCUUCUGACGAAGCUCGCAAGAUGUCUCCAACGAGCCGUAGCGCAUUCUUUCAACACUGUCUUAGUUUCCGAGUCCAUAUAUGUUCUUUGUAAUCUGAUAUUCCUUUAAGGAGUUUACUCGGAGAUGGCAUGGAAGCAGUUCCAAGAUCAACCAAUCAGAAGCGUGACGCCGUUGAGGUGCAGAUCUUCCCCGCGAUGUGGACGACCUCGGCCCAGCUCGGCCAUCGUCAUCCUUCAGCGCAACAAAC